AGAAGAUUGGAGCGUGUUUACAAGCCCCGGUUGAGAAUUCGACGGUUGAAAAUGUACUGUAGCGACUCAAGGAAAGAAUCACUAAACCGGUCCAUUUUGCGACAGUUUUGUCGCAAUACUCGUACAGGGUGCUCCAGAAUGCUACACGAUCACGAACACAUAGACACCAGCUCUCCCAUGUGGGAGAUGCUAACCGCGCCGCCUGCUACAUAUAAACAUAAACAACGUGCGUGCUCACCCACACACAGUAUCGCAGCAAACCCUCCACCGCGGAUACGCACGCCGACGCAUAUCUAACAUAAAACAGGGUGCAAAAAAAAACAAUACCCGGCAAAAAUGUUCUGCCCCUCGUCCGGUAGUAGGGGUGUGUUUGUGAGGUCAUCUACGCUGAAAGGGGGGGCGACUUUUGCUUUUGUUCACGUUCCCUGCGUAGCUAUCUUUGGCAAACCGCUACCAUCUGUACUCACUCAUCCCUCAAACGCGUCUCUUAUCUGGACGGUCGUUUUUUCGUUGGCUGUCCUCCUCCGAGUGUGUGUGUGUGCCUCAUUGAUUGACGGCAGAAAACGACACGAUCCGUAUUCUAAUUGAUCAAUUGUGCGCGCCAAUCGGUACGAAGUGAAGUACGAAAUCUGUGGGUCAGUUCCUCGCGGCUGCUGCCAGUCACGAUAAGAGAAGCGAUAACGUGCACUACGACCGUCCCUGCUGAGAACCGUAUUUGGUCAGACGAAACUGUGCGAUCCGGGAAUUACGCACCUUUUUUCUGCAAAGCAAGCGGUGCAGAUUCACCAUGGAUACUCCAAGGGCUGCUGUGAAGUUGAGCGAUAUUUCAGCGAAAUUUACCGAGGAAACGCUGGACGAGAUUGUCCGUGCUGCGGGCGGCAAGCGGUGCAUUAGCUGGAAGAUUCCGGAGACGAACUUUGCCAAGGGUGAUGCGUACUUGAGCGAGCUGUACCGCAUACAGCUUACCGGAGAACCGAACGAACCGGACCAGGAACCGCUGGUGGUGAAUGUGGUCGUGAAGACGAUCCCGAAGAAUGUUGGACGCCGGAAUACGUUCCGGUCAGCGGAUUUCUUCCGCAACGAAGCCAACUUUUACAAUGUGGUGCUGAAGGAGCUGUACCGCUUUCAGGAUGCGCGCAAACCGGCCAAUCCGUUCAAAGACAUCGAUAGAUGCUUUGUGGCGUACACGGACGGUGUGAAUGAUUUCAUCGCAAUGGAUGACCUUGGCCAGUACGGGUACAAGACGGCAUCAAGGAGUGAAGGAAUCAAACUGGACGAAUGUCUCAGAUGCGUACGGUCGUUGGCACGCUUUCACGCACUCUCCUUCGCGCUUAAGCUGCAAGAACCGCACACCUUCCAGGCGCUGGUCAAUCAGCUCGAGGAAACGUACUACAGUGCCCGGCUCGUACCGUGGUAUCGGAAUUUCAUGCAGCGUUUGGUUACCAUUUGCAAGGAGGCGCUCGAAACCGGCUGCACCGAAGAUCCGGAAGAUUACUCGACGAGCUUCAAGCGUGAUGUGAUGACAUUCCUGGACGGCGACAUCUACGGCCUGAUGGUUGAGCUGGUCGCCACACGCACUCACUACUCGGUGCUCACACACGGCGACUGUUGGUUGCCCAACUUUCUGCUUCAUCCGACAGCCGUUCGGCUUAUCGACUUCCAGAUGGUUCGGUGCGGUUCGCCGGUACUAGACAUCGUCCUGUUCCUGUACUGCUGCACCGAUCAGGCGCUACGUUCGGCGCAUUACGAUCAGCUGCUCGGUGCGUACCACCAGAGUUUCAGCGAAAUGUUGACCGAUCUUGGUACCGAUGCGCGGGAAACGUUCCCGGCCACUGCGCUGACCGCGGAAUUGGAACGGUUCGGUCGGUUUGGGUGUGGGAUUGCGGUGGAAUCGAUACCACUGUCGCUGCUGGACGACGCAGAUGUGCCGGAUUUGGAUAGCGUCGAGGGUACGGAAGGCGUGCCGCUGGAGCAGAUCAUGCCGCUGCGCAGUAUCAAAACACGGUACGGACGCCGUCGACUGUUGGAUGUGUUCCGCCAUGCGCGUGACUGUGGAUACUUGAAAUCGAACUAGUAAAGCGCAACAACCGAC